CUUCAAUGCGAAAAUGCUUAAUUACGCGUUAACAACUGUGUUGGUUGUGCAGUACAUGCAAGUACAAAGUAAGGACACUAAUUCUACGAAUAAUAACUGCAGAGAAGAUAAUGGAAGUAUCAAAUGCUGCACAGGAUAUUAUAGACACGAGGGGAUAUGUGAAGAAUGUUUUGGAGCCUAUGGGUUUAACUGUUCAGAGCCAUGCGCCGAUGAUUAUUUUGGAUAUCUAUGUAAAAAUCAAUGUAACUGUCAGAAUCACGAAAUCUGCAAUAAAUACUUCGGUUGUCAAACAAUUAAUAAAACGGACCGCAGCACAGAGUGUCAUAACACAAUGCUUUUUUUGGUGAUUGGAUCCGGAUCGGCCAUGCUAUCACUCGCAUUGGUGUUUGUUGGUGUCAUGUUCUAUAGGUGGCACACUAUUUUGCAAAGCAAUAUAUAUCCCACCGAAAGUCAAACAGGUUUUCAAGUGAAUGUACUACCCUUUUCUGAAAACCACGAAGUUUAUCAGGAAAACUACGAUGAUAUUCGAGAAUCUCGAAUGCUCCUUGCUGGUAAAGGAAAUUGCCACAGGGAAACUAUAGAAAAUAGACUAAGUUCAACGGAUUAUAGUCAUUUGUUCCUCAAAGGGCGCACUUCACGGAAAUCAAUUAGCGAGAUGCCUGAACAAUAUUAUAGUGCAAUUGAUGCACGCUUUAAAAGUAAAAUGCCGCUCGUCAUGAUGUCCGAAUUUCCUGAAGACGAUUGCUAUGUCAGUGUAUCUCAGCUUGCUAGGCAGAAUAAGAGAAUAUCAAAGUCAUGCUCUGAUCUAAAGAUAGAUAUGUCGGAUACACACCAUGAUAUAUAUUCAAAUCAAUGGCGCAAGGCCAAGGGGGAUACAAACAAUCAAACUAUUCUGAUAGAACAUUUAUAGUCAUUUGAAUUAUUUUAAGCAACCCCCACUAAAAUAAACGUCUUUUUAAUGUCCUUCUUUUUACCACUAUAAAUCAAAUAUCAAAAUAUGCUAAUAAUCAAGCUCGCUCUCACCACGACUAAAGAAUUACCACUGAAAGCCAUACAUGUUAAGAACACUAAUUUCUUCAGUUUUACCGCCACGGAGAAUAAACACCUGAUUCGAUAGUAAUAUAUUGGUCAGCCAAUUUAAUCACUGGCCAUAAUUAAAAAGGAAAAUAUGAAAGGAAUAAAGAGCACAAGGAAUAAAACAAAUGUCUUAUUCUAAUCAUUGUUGUGAAUAGAUAAACAACCUGUUUGAUUUUAGACAUUAAAUUAGUCAUCAAUAAGUGUAUAUGAGACAUCUUUUAUUGCCUAAAUCCUGUUUAGGCAACACAUGCAGCAACAGGUAUGAAGAAUUAUUUGAACACGUAACAAAAACACUAAAAGAUUGAUGAAUAAAUGUAGGCCUAUUUUAAAACAUAAAGACUUCGUGUUAAUUUUUAAAAAGUAAUAUCCAAAAAUAUUUGCUAAAAAAUGAUGAAUAUUUUAAAGUCUAGUACACGAACACGACAAUUCAUGGUCCUCUCUUGGAAUUUUUUCAACAUCCGAUAUUCUGAUUAAAUAUUUUCUAUAACAACGCUGAUUUCUUGUCAAGUUUUUUUUUGUUUUGAAAUGUAACUUCACAAAUAUCACGGCUUCAACAAAAAUGUUGUAAAAAUAUUGAUGUAAGAUUAUUUGAGAUAAAAAAAAAAAUAUGUAUAUUAUGAAUUUGUUGGUUUAUUUUCAUCAUUAAAUGCGAAUUUAAAAAUACAUUAAAUAGUUUUAAAAAAGAAUAUUUUCUAAAGUAAAUGAUGAAAUUAUGUUUAUCCAUGUAAGUUCAUGAAACCUUUUAGAGUUGAUAUGCAGUUUCAAUGUGGGCAAAAUUGAGGGGGAAAUUCAGAUUUAUUUUAAAUUUGUCAGCAUCUAAGUUGGUGUGACAGACACAUGGUAUUUUUUAAAUUUAAUGUUGUUUAGUGU